AUGGCCAACGGCGGAGGCGGUGAGCACCUUGUCCACAUAAUAGCUGGCGGCGGCGGGCAAGGCAAGGUUGCCUCACCGGAGAAGUGGCUGAAUCGCUUCGUUCGCUUCGUCGUGCUGAUCGAGAGGCUUGGCAACGCGCUUGGCACGCUGGCAUUUAUGUGGGCGACCGUCGUGCUGCUGGGCGGCUACGCCAGCGAACUCAGCUCCGAUGAUGAUUUUGCGUCCGCGACGACGAUAGUUCUCUUAGAAGCCGUAAGGAUGUUCACCCGUGACAACAAUAGACUUGAUUAUCAACUGUUCUUCAAUACCAGAGGAGCUUUUAGGCCUCUUGGCUGGAGUGGACUGAUUGUGAUUGCAUGUUUUUCUGGUAUUCUGGAAAUCAUCUGGAAGGUUCUCUGGAAGAAGUACUUGACGAAGUUUGAUGGGAGCUUACUUAUUGCAGUGACACUAUCACUACUUGCUCUUGGCUGGUCAAUAACUGUUCAAAGAGCUCUGAAACUACUCAUAUGCAAUCCAAUGCGUCGUGCCGCAUCAGUAUGGACUCUAUGGGGCCCAUUAGUUGCAAUCGUAUUGCUAGCUCCCUCUAUAUCCAUAGACGGCUCGAUGAUUGAAUGGGCAGUGUUCGCAGUACUACUUGUUGCAGUGCUCAUAACAACAAUAAGCAAUCUGCGGUUCACAAGAAUCAGCAAACUAGUGGACAGUGUUCUAGGCAGCAAACAAGAAUUUUGGCGUAAAGUUACUAUAAACAUGUGCAUGAUUGUUGCUCUAGGGCUGCUGGUGCUUAAUGAAGAUGAUACAUCUAUGAUGAUUGCAUUCGAGGUAUGUGCUCUAUUGAUAGUGUCAUUUGGCAACUUACAGAUUCCAGCAGCAGUUGUGCGGGUCAUGCUAGCAUUAAAUGAGCUUAGCGAGCCUGCUGCAUAUAAUGAAAGCGUGGAUGGCCAAAAAAACAUUAAAGCCUCUCUAAGAAUCUUCUAUGGGAUGGUGCUUGGACAAGGAAUACUCUAUGCCGUGGCCUGCAUGUUUGAGUUCUUUUCUUUCAUCCCUCGAAGAUCCCUCAUCCGCGGUGGUGGAUUUAAAGGUCAGUGGGGAAUGAAAUCUGUCAAUAUGUAUUACGCAUAUGCAUCAGAGAAAUGCAUGCAAGGGGGUGUGCUUGCUCCAAAGAAGAUCAACCUCAGCACCUUUGCCAUGAAUUCUGUGAACUCGGAUUCAUCCAAGAAUCAGCUCGCCGGGAUACGAAUGAUGCACAACUUUCUGCAAAGUCAACCAACCAAGGCACAACUCCUUUCAAAACUCGCCACUUCUACCAAGACGAUGGCCAGAAUAAUCAGAAUGUUGGAUUGGACAAGUCCAAAGGAUACAGCUAUCAGAUUAUAUGCCGCAAAGGUCACUGCAGAGCUUGCAAAGAACCUCCGUGCAGGCACUAUCCCUGGUACAAUGCAGCUUGUAUCUGCACUUCUUGACGCUGAUGGCAGACUGGAAAGAGGAAACCCACUCCUAGACACUGAUGAUGAACACGAACGAAGACAAGAUCCAGUUCUGAAUACAGAAGAUAGCAGAGAGGUGGCUGAUAACCAAUUCCAAACACAAGGUCAACUUCGGGACACUGAUAUCCUGCUGGAAACAGAAAACAGAUCAACCCAAGAAGUUGGCAUGAACAAACAGAACUCGUGCGUGCUCAGAUGCUGGCAGCAUAUUUCAGAAUUCUGGUCAAUACCCAAGGAACAGCUGCGGACAGACCACGAUCUUCUACCGGCACUGGCCAUGUCAAUUAUUGAAAGUCUUGCUGGUGUUGACCAGGACAACUGUGUGGAGAUCAGCAAAGCAGCUGACCUCAUCCCGAAGAUCAUAAGAUUCACAAUCUGCAGAAGUGACACGAUGAAUAUCAAAGCACAACAAGAGAUCCUUCUCAAAUCAUCACUGAAGGUGCUGCAAAGGCUCACGAGCAUUGGCGGGGAAACCAGCAUCACACUGCGGUACAAGAUAUCAAAACACCCCUUCCUAUUGAGUAACCUCUCAGGUAUCCUUGAAGACGACAAGAGCAGCCAGAUAUCGAGAAAGUUGGUGGCGGGAAUCCUCAGAAACAUUGCCGUUGAUGAGAAAACAAGGCAGGAAAUUGGGUCGCUUCCAAAUGAUCAUCACCAAGUUGAUGCAGGCAUUUCUCUACUCAGAAGGAACCAUGAGUACCAAUGA